AUGAACUACGUGUGUCAAAUAAAUAGGCUACUAAAUAACAAAUAGACGGAAAUUAUCGUACUAUGUCCUUAUUCUUUUCUUGCAGAUGUGUUCAUACAGUUUUGACGCGUGGAAUAUCCCCCUCCCUAGCGUGACGCAUUUACAGUCGUCCGUGAACUGUCAAAAUCGCUUGUUGCUUCCUCCUGAGCUUUAAAAGUGGUGAGCAAGCUAGCGAACCUCACGUCAGCCACCCACUAAAACACAUUUGGAACGUUUUAAAAAGUGACCUGCCGCAAAUUAGGGGGAGGUCUCAGGAUGGUCGUCUUUGCUUGAUGUCAUUUGGCCGGCCGCGGCUCCUGCACUUCCGACCGACCGACAGACAGACAGAGUAGCGGCUGCCACGCGCAGCUGGAUGUGACAGGUUCGCCAUCAGAUUGCUGAUUGAAAGUUCCUUGUGAAACAGCAUCACUGCUGGAUGAUCCCUGGAUAGUUUUGAAGUGUUCCUGAGUCCACCUGCAUCGCAAUAGGACACUCAGACACAACGGUUGUUUUAACCCUAUAAACGUGUUCCUGUUCCCCAACAUUGAUUCAUAUAUUUUUGGACAUUUUGGAGACAUUGGGAAAACAAGUUGAACUCAUCUCAGAACAUGCUUUGUCUUCUUUGCCUGAGGUUUCACUUGAAUAUUGCUGAAUGAUGAAUAAUUCACCGUUUAAUUGACAAAUACCACAACAGGAGUGCAGUCACAUGCUCUGCUCACACAAACUUUGCCAGUCCAUGAACUUCACUUCACUGUCUACAAAGACCAAUCAGAUCCACUGAGCAAAAGAUAAUUUUUAGCUGCAACUUCCAUUGCUUAUUUUCUUUUUUUCCCCUGGAUUCCACUGUAACUGCUCUUCAGAGGACAGGCCACCUCCGAAAACUGAGCAGCUUUGCUCCAACUGAGCCAGCGGCACAGACAUGGCUCUGAAUAUUGCCUCCAUACGUGACACAAAAUGGCUGACCCUGGAAGUGUGUCGGCAGUUUCAGAGGGGGACUUGCUCACGCAGUGAUGAAGAGUGCAAAUUUGCCCACCCAUCUAAAAGCUGCCAGGUGGAAAAUGGGAGAGUGAUUGCAUGUUUUGACUCUUUAAAGGGCCGCUGCACGCGGGAAAACUGCAAGUACCUACACCCGCCCGCUCACUUGAAGACCCAGCUGGAGAUCAAUGGGCGCAAUAACCUGAUCCAGCAGAAGACAGCGGCUGCCAUGUUGGCCCAUCAGAUGCAAUUUAUGAUUCCCGGCACCACCAUGCAACCUGUGCAGACCUUUCCAGUGAGUCAGGGUCUAGGCUCCACUGCAGCUUUGAGCUACACACCAUACCUGACCCCCAUGUCGCACAGCAUGGGCCUGGUACCCACAGACAUCCUGCCCAGCACCCCCGUGAUCGUCCCAGGCAGCCCUCCUGCGUCAUUGGCCACUGCCACCUCCGCCAACCAAAAACUGUUGCGAACAGACAAGCUGGAGGUCUGUCGUGAGUUCCAGCGGGGCAAUUGUGCUCGCGGAGAGACCGACUGCCGAUUUGCCCACCCAUGUGACAGCCCGAUGAUCGACACCAGUGACAACACAGUCACCGUCUGCAUGGACUACAUCAAGAGCCGUUGCUCCCGGGAGAAGUGCAAGUACUUCCACCCGCCGGCCCAUCUACAGGCAAAGAUCAAGGCCACCCAACACCAGGCCAACCAGACGGCAGUGGCCGCGCAAGCCGCUGCGACAACAGCAGCCAUGACUCAGUCGACUGCCAAAGCAAUGAAGCGACCCCUCGAGGCAACUGUAGACCUGGUGUUUCCCCACAGCGUCCUUCAGCCACUACCAAAGAGAGCAGCACUGGAGAAGAGCAACGGUGCGAGCUCCCUAUUUAACCCCAGCGUCUUGCACUACCAGCAGGCACUGGCCAGCGCACAGCUCCAACAACCCACUUUCUUUCCCACAGGGUCAGUCCUGUGCAUGACACCUGCUAGCAGUCUUGAUCAUCCUGAAGUAAGAGCCACAAAAGGACCAGCGCAUGAAGGAGCUGCACUAGGAAACCCAAAACUGCCCGUGUGUAAAUACUAUCUUACCUCUCCCAUAGAGGUCCAGCAACCUGCAUGCUAAGAGUGUAACACUUAACUGCACUUACUGCAGUGUCAGCUUAACACACACGCACUAGAUAGUGUAUGUAUUUUUAGAAAAAAUGACUAGAAAAGUCAAAGAUAUUGGUAAUUCAUUGUCGUACACAGAAUCGAAACACCACAGUGGUAAUUUAAACCCUUUUUAAUUUUUACACAAUUUCUGUCCUUGGUUAGUAAAUAAAAACAAUAUACUUGAUUUGCACUAUGAUAUAUGGUGCACUCUAUUGUAGUGAAAGACAGGAAGUCCCAGAAAACCUGUGACUAACCACACUGUCACACUUUGAUGGCCUCAAGUGUUUUUGUCCAGUGGAAUUAGUGUCGCUCUCCUCAGCAGUAAAUGUGGCAGCUCAUAGGGGUCCCCGCCCGUACUGUAUUUGCCCCAGAUGCCGUGUUCAAGUGUGACCUGCAUCGUAUAAACCCUUGAAGCAUUUUGCCAAAGUCCAACCUGGAGAAGAUGUUUUUCUUCCAUUUCCCAAAGCUGCUUGGAACACCACCAACAACACAGCGUUGACUUAUGGAGGUGCUGCCUUCUUCAACUGCAUUCGGCUGGGGGUGGGGGGGGGGGUGGAUGAGGGGACAGACGUUGAUCAGCUCGGGGGUUGAUGGGCUUAGUUCCAGACAUACAGUACCAAGCCAUGUGUGUGCAUGAGAACAGAUAGUCUGCCGGCAGACAUGGGAGCUUAGUGGAGUUAAUGACAGUGACUGCAACACCGUCACGUGUCUUGGUGGGCUUUUUAAGUGCUAAACCAAACGGUGCAUUUGGCAGUGCUGGAGACUUGACCUCAGAGGGCGACCCGCAUCUGACUCCACCGUCGCCUGCAAUUCGGUUUCAUCUUAAAAAAACUGUAGAAGUGCCUAAACAUGCUCACCUGCCACAUCCCCAGUGAAUCACGGCCAGUCGCAGAAAAGCUAGCGUCACCUUUGGCGGGGAAAAAAAACUUUUUCUUUUCUACCAACUGUCCAUUGACAUCACAAGUGUCUUUCUGGAACUCCAACUAGCUUUCACGACGUACCAUCGGUUUACAAGAGGAUAAUGAGUGAGGAUGAAAAAAAACUUGUUUGUCAUGUAUAUAUGUAGUUUAUAUUCUGAUUAAGGAAUUGUUUAAAGUUUGUGCUAUGUGUGCUAGUAUGUUUGGACCCCAAGUCAACCUGCACUUCAAGUAAGUCAAAAUCAUGAAAUGUUCUUGUUGUUUUUUUUAAACCAAUUGGCAUAUUUCAUCUUUAAAAAAAAAAAAAAAAAAAAAACACAAUUUCAUUUGUAUUUGUUUUAGCCUAAAACAAAUGUAAUCUCACGGUGCUUGAUUACCAUCGACAAUCCACAAACCUUGGGUUUCAUUCUCCUUGAUUUGUCUUCAUGCAUUUUGUUGUGUGCGCGUGCAUUUUUAAUUUGUUACAGGGGUUGUAAAAGUUUAUAUUUUGUUGUAAUUUAUGUUCUUGUUAAUUGCUAUGUUGUAGACACAUUUGAAAUGAAUGUAAUUUAUUGAGCUGUGCCACGCAGUGCAUAGUUGGUGAUGUGGAGGUGGAAGCUUCCAAGUCCAUUCAUAGACUGCUGGAAGAUACUGGACCUUUAUGGCCUUCUUGCUGGAAAGAGGAAAAAAAGAACAGUGUUGCAGAAGUGAGAGUAGUAAUAGAGUUGCUUGUGUUGGACAAAAAACGUGUAUUGUAUAGAUGACAUUUUACCAAAAAAGAAAAAGAAAAAAAAGAGGAGAAAAAAUUAAAGAUGUGCUAGGAUUUCAUAACAAUAUUAAGUUGUUGCUGUGGCAACCAAAUGUUGCAGUUACUAAAGUUUGGUAUUUUUGUAAAAGACAUUGUUUAGUUGACCUUUUUUUCCUGGAACACUGUACACAAAGUAGAUUGUAAAGAUUAACAUUUCUUAUUCUUCACUGAGAUUGUAACAGUGAACUAAUAUAUACACUAGAAAACAACAGCCACUGUAGAGCUGUGACACUCACUAAGACUGAAUCAGCAUAUGAAUAUAUAAAUAUGUACACACAAUGUCUAAAUAAUCUAUAAAUGAAAUCUUCAUGAUUUAGCCUGACAAAGGACCUUCAGGCUCCACACUGAGAUGUUUAAUUCAGUGUAACAAGAGUUGAGGAUUGCACUUUUCACACUGUUUAAAUGUUAUUUCCUGUCAACUCGACAAGAGAGAUUUAACUGCAACAGUCAUGUUGCAUGGGGGAUAAUGUAUUUUCAACUGAAUGUAGUUUGGGGGGGGCAUUGUUGCACAUGAGAGAUCCUUGUUUUUACCCACAAAGUCCUUGACGUGUAUUGUAAGCAUAGACGGUGGAUGGUAAAAGGAGGCUUACGCAAGAGCUUUCUGAAUUGUUGGUCCCCUGAGUAGACUCGGCGUAUCCAAACUCAUUGCCUUAUCACUUGUCCACUAUGUGUGCAUCUUUUUUUUUUCUUUGUAAAACAAUUUGUAGAGACGUUCUCUUCUGAAGCCCCUGAGUACUUUCAUUUCGAAUAAAGGAAUGAUUACUGCUAUCUGAAGCCAUGUUUAUUCAGUGGAGGCCAAAAGGCCUCGCGACAACGGAGGAAACGGUUAUGGAUGUGGAACUUGGUGACCCCGGUGUGAUAAAGGUGUAAUUUGCAGCUUUGACCAACAGAGGGCGUCACACGGGAGACGAAUAGUUACUCAGUCAUCCUUGCUGCUGUGCGCCCAACAAAACAGGACAAACGGAAUACACAUCUAAUAGUUUUGCUGUAAUCUAUUUUUUUGUUUUUGUUUUUUGAGAAAUGUAUUCUUUGUAUUACGUUCUAAUAGUCAAAUGUGCUUUGGUUCCAGCGAGGUAGUGUCAAAUCUAUUGAAAGAAAUAAAGAAAAUCUAAUAAAUCUCGUUGUUUUAUCAGUUUCCCUCCAUACAUAAGUUAGCUACAUGCAUUUUCUCUU